UUGUGCAGAGUUUGAGCCAGUGAAGGACUGAGCAACACUUCUGUCCGUCAGAGGGAGUCGAGUAUCGGCACUUCUGAAACGGAGCGGGGCCCCUCGAAUUAGUUCUGUUGAGAGUUGCAGGAGGUCGGUUCAUUUUCUGUCCGUCUUCAAGACAGAGUUGAUGUUUGACGUCUAUGCAUCACGUCUCGGAUUAAAUUCUCGUCUGGAUAAUUUUCCAAAACAAAUAGAACAUUCUAGACAACAAGAAACCACCUCAGCAGCUCCACGCGUCCACGAAUUGCGCUUGUGAGAGGCAAAAUGUUGUGGAAAUUAGCAGAUAACGUGAAAUAUGAAGAUGACUGUGAGCAGGAAAGGCAUGAUGUUAGCAGUAAUGGGAACUCCCGGCUGCCACACAUUCCCGCCGUGAGCCAGCACCUUUACAGCCCGCCACCGUCACUCUCACAUACCGCCAGCUCAGACUUCCAACCACCGUACUUCCCUCCCCCAUACCAACCCCUUCCAUACGCUCAAUCCAGCGACCCAUAUUCUCACCUGGGCGACCCGUUUAAUAUCAACUCAAUACACCAAUCUGCAGCAUCUAACCAGCAGCAGUCAUGGCCCGGACGGCAAGGACAAGAGGCCAUUGGGUCCCAUGGCCGCAGUGGACUCGGCAGCCCAAUUCUGGGCUUGGAAGGGGGCUCGUCCGUGAUGCGCCGGGAUGGCUUCAGGAGACCAGAGCUACUCCCUCCGCAUAUCCACGGCAUCGAUUCUUUAAGUGAUAACAUUGUAAUGCACGAGUUAGGCCACGGAUUGGAUGAUGUUCAGCACGAAGGUGAUCAAAGCAUCGCAAUUCAUGAUCAUACAGUCAUCAAAAAAGGUCCGGUGUCCCUGCCGAAGGGAAAUGCGUUUGGAAUUCCCUUCCAGAAGGAGUCUCUGCUGGGAAUGGUGUCGAACCCAACAGAGGUGUUCUGUUCAGUACCGGGUCGUCUUUCUCUUCUGAGUUCAACCUCAAAGUACAAAGUGACGGUAGCAGAAGUCCAGAGACGCUUGUCUCCACCGGAGUGUUUAAACGCCUCCCUGCUCGGUGGGGUAUUACGCAGAGCUAAGUCGAAGAACGGAGGACGAUCACUGAGGGAAAAACUGGAUAAAAUUGGACUAAACUUGCCAGCGGGUCGUAGAAAGGCUGCUAACGUCACGUUACUAACAGCCCUGGUUGAAGGUGAGGCCGUACACCUGGCGAGAGAUUUUGGGUAUGUCUGUGAGACAGAGUUUCCUGCAAAAGCCAUUGCGGAAUACCUCGGUCGACCACACGUGGAACGCAAUGAGAUCAACUCUCGUAAAACCAUGCUCUUGGCAGCCAAGCAAAUCUGUAAGGAGUUUACGGACUUGCUGACUCAGGAUCGAUCACCAUUGGGAAACACUCAGCCGGCUCCCAUUAUCGAACCAGGGAUCCAGAGCUGUCUGACUCACUUCAGUCUCAUCACCCACGGCUUUGGCUCUCCAGCCAUCUGUGCGGCCAUGACUUCGCUGCAGAACUACCUCAACGAGGCGCUGAAACAGGUGGACAAAAUGUACGUGAGUUCGACUGGAGAUUCCUCACAGACGUCUUCUGAUGGCAUCAACAAAGUAGACAAAAUGGACAAACACAGAAAGUGAGACUUGUUGAGCUAAGGAUUGGACGAUUCAAAGUUUCGAAUACUAAAAACAUUUUUGUUACGGACUUAUUUACCAGAUCCGAUUCCUUAUUAUCGUACUGGUCUAGUCUGUUUCCGUUUUGCUUUUUGAACAUCAAGGUUAAGCUUAAACUUGAUGCCCUCUUUCCACGUCUUUCAGCACUUUCUCCUCCACAAAGACACAUACACAUUUCAAUAUUUAGCCUUCAUGUGAGGCUUACGGCAAAGUUCUUUAUCAAGCAAUUCCUGUGGCGCCGCUGCAUGAGCAAUGCUUUAGAUGAGCAUCAGGAAGUUGUCUCUCUGAGGGGAAGCGCACAGAGGAAGUUGUUGAGUUUCCCAAAGACACCAUUUCAAGAAUUUGUGUGGAUUUAACAAUGUUUUUACCCGCUAACAAUCUGGGAGGAGGAAAUCUCAUUCUUCAGUGUCCUCCUCCUUGGUGCUGACCUCCUAUCGGACUUACCAGGGAUGUGAUUAUGUUUGAGACAUUAUAAGUUGUUCCACGCUUGACUUCAUUAGACUCAAGUUGUUGGCAUGAGUGCGUGUUUUGUGUGCAUGGAUGUAUGAUUACCAUUUGAAAUGACCCUAAACCCAUUUGGAUCAAGUAGAUCAGUGAAGCAUCCAGGAUUUUUGCUAAAUGAGAAAUGCUGUUUCAAGACAAAGGACAUUUAGUUGAACGUUUCCUUCAAGUUUGGCCUAAAAUCUUCCCAAACGAGACAAAUUAAAGAAUGCUGUUACAGUGAUUAAGAUAACAUGGUCAUAUAAAAUACCACGUGGUCGGGUGUGUGCUUGUGUAUUUGUUUAUGAGAGUACAACCCUGUUUGCGUGUCUUGUCUUUCCAUGCCUUUAAGUCAGACUAGAAGUUAAAUAUUCCAAUUGCCUUUCCCCAACUGUAAAUAUUUUCUAAUUUAUGUUGUAAUUUAAUGGGAUUUGUAAAUAUUGGUAAAACUAUGGUGUUUGGUUUAACUUUUAAAAAGACGUGUUAAGCUUUUAUAAAGGGUUUCGUUUUUUUUAUCACUUAGUGGUUAGGCUGUGGGAAUGAUAUUCUUUAUAGAUAUGUGUAAUAUUGGUUUAAAGCUGCAGGAGAAGAAAUAAAUAAAAACCAAACUCUCUUUAUUGCAUCA